GUCAAAAUGAAUGCAUAGAAGCUGUACCGCAUGUCUUGGUGCGCUUUUUAAUUUCGCUGAAAUUUUGUUUAGUAAGUCCAUCAUUGUUUUCACGAUGUCUACUCCUAAAGAAAGACAGCUUGCCGAAGAAGCCAAAAAGUUUUAUGAACUGAAACAGAAGGUGGUUAAGUAUUAUCAAAAUAAUGGAGUACCAAAGAAAAUGGAAGAUGUUCUCAAUGAUAUGUACUACGACAACCCAGUGGAUGUGUAUGGCUAUUUGUCCAAUGUGUUUGCAAACCAUUCAAAGCCCUCCUCAGUCACAAAGAUAAAAGCCAGGGAAGCACUGGACAGCAAAGGACAACCUACACUACAAACAGAUAUAUAUUGUCUGGUGAAAAAUAUAGAGAAAAUAGUGGCGAGUUGUGUGGUGUCCAGCUAUGGCUAUGUACUGGAUGGUGCUAAGGUAGAAGAGAAGGAGGAAGAAGACAAAUGGAGACAGGAGAUGAUAAAUUCUGCAGUAGAAGUGAUCGAUGGAGAACUCUGUGAGAAACUCUGCGGCAUUGACCCUACAAAACUGAGAGAUGCUGACACCAUUGUAACAGAGGUGAUUAAGAAGUUAAAAGAUGAGGAGGCCGAGCGAGUGGCCCUGGAGAAAGCUGCGGAGGCAGCAGGUACAGAAUCCCCAGCCAAAGCUGAAGAAGACAAAGCAGCAAGGAAGGCCCCUUCUUCUCCAAAAAAAAGUGGAGCUAACAGGUCUAAAGCAGGGAAAAGUCCACAAGGACUGAUAUUGCCUGAUGAACCCAGAGAAAUCUUUCUCCAGGGAAGUAACUCCUUAUCUGCCCUUAGUCAGGCAUUGUGUAAGGCUGGAGCUGAAGUACAGGACAUCCCGCUUUACCAACAUAUUGCACAGACAAGUAUAGGGGAUACAGUGAAGAAGUUCAAAUUACCAUUACCCAUGGUGACCAUUAUUCAGGCAGGGAGAGGCAACACUGGUAAAUUCCGCUGUGUCAAGGACUUCAUGAUUGUUCCCAGCCCAGCCAUGUCACUAAAGGAGAGUGUCAAGCAUUUGGGUGCUAUUUAUUCCUCUGUUGCAAACAGUCUGGUCACAAAAUAUGGGCCUGGCCUGAGGAACACCAGUGAUGUGGGAGCCUUGUGUCCUGCGCUGGAGCGCGUAGAGCAGGCUCUGGACGUCAUAUUGGAGGGGCUGAGCAGUGUGGGACUUAGCCCAGGGACAGACUUCAAUAUUGUCCUCAACUGUGCUGCACAUGAAUUGUUUGAUCUGUGUAGUGGACUGAAGGGGCCGGAGGAUAUGGUGGAUUUCUGGGUGGAUUUGCUCCACCGUUACCCAGCUAUCAAUGGGCUUAUUGAUCCACUGAGGAGAGGGGAAAAAUGACACAGACAGUGGAAUAAACUGUGUGAGAAAGUCAGCUCAAAGUGUUACGUGAUUGGAGAUGCUGUGUAUCACCGGCCAGGCCUGCUGAAGUCUGAGGAGGUGAACAAAGAGUUACAGACUAGCGGUGUGGUACUCAGGUUGGAACAGAUGAAUACAGUUUCAGAUAUCAUCACCUGUACGCAGAAAUUGGAAGAAACAUCCAACCAAGUAGUACUAUCCACAUGCCAAGGGGAAACAACUGAUGAUUUCCUAGCAGAUUUGGCUGUGGGCGUGGGAGCCAGAUUUCUGAAGAUAGGUGCCCCCUGCCGCGGAGAAAGGGUGUCCAAGCUCAACCGACUGUUACAAAUAGAGGACAUACUGGAGAGUUCCGAUUGUUUGGAGACCCACAGUGAACACAACUACCCAAACCUUACUGUCCCACCCCCUGCUGAUGUACAGAUUCCGGAGGAGGAGGCCACCGAGGGGGAGGUCUCAGAGAAAACACCUGAUGCAGACUAAUAGUGUAAGGGACAAAUUGGGAAAUUCCUGUGAAGUGUUCUCAUUUUGAGGACAUCAGUUAGAAACUGAAACUUCACGAACGUAUGUUUCAAGAGCAAGAUAUCUAUAAUGUUACAAUCUUUGUGAUGGGUAUGCUUUUUAUUUUGUUCAUACCUGAAUGUGUGCAUCAAGACACUGACAUAAUGUGAAGCAACUAGCUCAAGAACACAACUUCAAGCUUCUAAGAAAAAGGAAAAACAUGCAUAUGGGGGCAACAUGUGUGAAAAGUUGUUUUGAAAUUUAAAAAAAAUGUAAAAAUAAGGCAACGUGAACAUUUUCACAAUGUGAAAUGAAUAGAACCACUGGAUAACACAUUCAGUUAGUAACAGAAUCUCUUGUUGACAAAGAUUUGUAAACCGUCAUAAGAUUUAUCUUGUUAUUUUUUUUUUAAAAUAGUUUAUUAAAUUAUGUUUCACAUCA